UAAGGUUGCUUUCACUUUGUCUCAGAGCUGCUGAGACUUUAAGAGUGGCUGAUUUACUGGACUCUGCUCUCUCUGCGAAGCAUCCUACCUAUCCCUCAACAGGCCCUUCUCUAUAGACACUGGAGAAAUUGAAGUUGUGCCUUCUGUAAAUAUCCAGCGCUGCAGGUCUUAGACUGAGAGCUUCCUGCAGUGGCCAAGGGCAGCCUGAGAUCUCUUCUGUCAGACAUAGUAUAACCUUCAGCUGUGCUGCUCCUAGAAGCGUGCAGUCACCAUGGAGCAUCACUGUGGCCUAAUCACUGACAGCAAGGAGCCAGUACCACUGAAGAGCAUUUCAGUCAAUUUGUCCAUCAAUGACUUUGUGGCUGCUGUGGCUGCAACCUUAAAUUAUGAAAAUGAGGAGAACAUCCCAUUAGAGGCAGUCUUUGUAUUUCCUAUGGAUGAAGACUCUGCUGUCUACAGCUUUGAAGCUUUGGUGGAUGGGAAGAAAAUUGUGGCAGAGUUGCAGGAUAAGAUGAAGGCUCAUAGAAAGUAUGAGGAUGCCCUCUCCCAGGGCCACCAAGCAUACUUAUUGGAAGAGGAUGACUAUUCCAGGGAUGUCUUUUCUUGCAAUGUGGGGAACCUGCAGCCUGGAGCUAAGGUUGCAAUUACCCUGAGAUAUGUGCAGGAACUGCUCUUGGAAAGAGAUGGGGCCCUGCGCUACGUGCUCCCAGCAAUCUUGAAUCCAAGAUAUCAGCUCACUGAACAGUCAGGGAAGAGUUGCUUGAAUAUACAGAGCCCCAUCGUCCCUUUGAAAGACCUGCCUUAUACACUCAGCAUGAUUGCCACUAUCACUUCCCAGCAUCGUAUUGAGAGAGUCCAAUCCAACUGCUCCUUGAGCACUGUUCAGUACCUUACAGAUGACAAGACUUCUGCUCAGGUUUCUUUGACUGAAGGGCACAAGUUUGAUCGGGAUGUGGAACUCCUGAUUUACUACAGUGAAGUCCACAGCCCCAGUGUAGCUGUAGAGAUGGGAAUGCUGAAUAAGAAGCCAGGGAUCAUAAACACUGCAAGAAGAGUACUGAGACUAAUUAAUGUUCAACAUGGAUUCAUGGAAGCUCCUUGUGCAAUGGUGAGCUUCUACCCAGAUAUCCCAGAAGUGGAAGCCUCAAAGGUCUGUGGAGAAUUUGUGUUUCUAGUGGAUCGCUCAGGAAGUAUGAAAUACCCUAUGAGCACAAAGAAGAAUUCUCAGCUACGCAUAGAGGCUGCCAAGGAAACUUUGUUACUCUUGCUGAAGAGCUUGCCUAUGGGUUGUUAUUUUAAUAUCUAUGGAUUUGGAUCUUCCUAUGAAAAAUUCUUUCCGGAGAGUGUGAAGUACACUCAGGAAACCAUGGAGGAUGCAGUGGAAAGAGUGAAGGAUUUACAAGCUGAUUUAGGGGGCACUGAAAUCUUGACACCUCUCUGCAACAUUUACAAGGCACCCUCCAUUCCUGGUCAUCCCUUACAGCUCUUUGUCUUCACAGAUGGAGAAGUGAGUGACACAUUCAGUGUCAUUAGACAAGUACAGUUAAACAGCAAGAAACACAGAUGUUUCUCAUUUGGUAUUGGACAAGGAGCUUCCACCAGUUUAAUCAAAAAUAUAGCCCAGGUAUCAGGGGGCACUGCAGAAUUUAUCACGGGCAAGGACAGGAUGCAGACCAAGGCUCUUGGGUCUCUCAAGUUUGCACUACAGUGUGCAGUGGAUAACAUCUCUCUGAGUUGGGAUUUGCCUCCUGGUCUGUCUAUUAAAAUGGUUUCUCCAGAACACCCUGCCAUCUUUAGGGGUCAGAGGUUAAUCAUCUAUGCACAACUGACUGGGCUUAUGCCUCAAGUGGAGAGCACAGGCACAGUGUGCAUCAAGCAUACCCUCCAAGGCAAGAGUCUGGAAAACAGGGUGACAUUUUCCCUACCACCCAAGGCAAAUGCCAAUUUCACCAUUCAUCGGUUGGCUGCAAAGUCCUUGAUCCAAACCAAGGAUAUGGGAUUUGACGAGAACUCUAAAGAAGAGAGAGAGGAUGUGAUGAACAUCAGCCUUCAGUCUGGAGUCCUCAGCUCCUUCACAGCCUUCAUUGCCAUAAACAAAGAGCUUAACAAGCCAGUGCAGGGGCCUCUGGCCCACAGAGUGAUUCCUAGGCCAGUGAUGGAUGUAACUAUGCCAUGGAUACCUCAAUCGACUGCCUGCAGUAGCCCUGUGCCAAGAGACCUAUUAUGCGCAUCAGCAUGUGGUGCUUCACAAAGGGCAAUGCCAAAAAUCAAAUUAUGUGCAUAUGAUGCAUGCAUGGAGGAAAGUGAUGAUUUUUCUAUAAUAGAAUCUGAAGAUUUUGGCAUGACAGAUGUAGCAACCAUUGAAGAGAAGAAAAAGGCAGAUUCUUCUACCAAGAAAAGCAACUUGCAAAGUGAACAAAAAGCAUUUGGAGAAAAUGUUGUGGUACAGCUGAUUUCACUCCAAAAGGCCAAUGGCUCCUGGAAGCUGGAUGAAGAUCUGACCAAGAUCCUGGGCUCUAAGCUGAAAGACAUCAAGGCUGCAAACCCUGCCAAGCAUGGGGACCUCUCAGCCUGGGCUACAGUGCUAGCUGUGGUCUGGUUACAUUCCAAUGGCAAGGACUUAAAGUGUGAGUGGGAGCUUCUAGAAAGGAAGGCGGUGGCCUGGCUUCAUGACCAUGCAGGGUCUUCCAUCCCCAUGCUUGUGCAAGCUGCCAAUAGUCUCCUGAAAUCAUCUGUGAAUCCUGCUGUCUUUGGAGUCUAAAGAUGUCACCCAUGAAAAAAGAUCCUUUCCCGGCAACAACCAAGUCCGUCCCUUCUGGUUGACUGAGAUAGCUUUUGGGUUCUAUCCUUACCUUUUCUAUCCUUACCUUUUCUUGCUUGUCAAGGACAUACAUGCACCCUUGUUUAUCAUUCCUGGUACCUUUGCACCUGAUUUUCUAUACCUAUCAUUUUUUUUUGGAGAAGUUAGCAUAUUCUCCCAACAUGCUUUCUUUAUUCAACCUUUUAUUUUAAUCAUCUUCAUAAUGACACAUGAAGUUUUUCAGACAAAUUACACCAUAAUUACAUUAUAAUGGUUGGCGCAGGAACUACAAUAAGCAUUCAUUAUUGAUCAUGGUCAAUGGUUAAAUUAAAGGCCUGCAUUAUUGUUAUGCACUCUCUGUGCAGAGUCAUGUAGUAUGGUCAACAAAGGGCUUUAAACUCAUGGAAACGUCUUGCCAGUUAGCACAGCCAUGAUGGGUGCUCCUCAGUUGAGGAAGGACCUGUAGAAUUACAUGUUCUGAAGCACUCACACUGUUAAGAUGUUUCCCAUCCUGUUGCCUUCACAUUUCUCUUAAUCUAAGGAUGGUAUGAAAACUCUAAGCAGGCUUCCAGCCCCUCACUGGGCAGUAUCAUUGAACUAAACAAUAAUAAUAAUGCCUGAUAGCUUUCAGGCAUUGUUGCUGGAACAGAUUAAUGAUUCAAUUACUGUAGGAAAGAACUUAGAGAUGUUGAUUUCUAGCAAUGAUCACUACCAUUAGAACCUUUAUUUGGAAAACUAAAGUUGUAAUGAAGCUAUGAUAGCAUCGUUUUUGCUAUUGACACUGGUUUAAAAAAUCUUAGUGAAUGUUUUGAACUUCUGUAAAGCACACACAUAUUAUUUAAGCCAGGGACAUUUCAUGGUUCAUUUCAUUUCACAGAGAACAAGAACAAUGGCAGCACUGCCUACCAUGGAUCUCACUUCGGCCAGACUGCUGCUGAUUCGUUAUGUCUAUUUUUGCCCUCAACGUCCUGAUAUUAUUUAAUAAGAAUUACUGAUUAGUAGAUAUGCAUUCUUAAAGCACAUAAUACUGACUUUAUACAAAAGUUCAGGCUUGUGAUUCAUUGCAGAUUUUUGCACAAUGACUCUUUAAGAUAAAUAAAAUAAUUAAUCCUUCCUUUGUAAGUGCAGAUUGGUGCCUUAGUGUGAAGAGGAGCUGGCUGAGAAAACUACCUUGCUUACUCACACAUUUUCAGAUCUAUAACAAGUUUCUUAGUUAUGAAUAUACAUGGGUUCUUGGGAAUAAUUUUUUCAUUACCAGAACUACAAAAUGUUAUUUCUUGUAAAGGUAUUGUGUAACUUCCUGGCUUAUUUCAUUCACUAGAAGGAAAAUAGGAUGUAAUAAAAUUGUAAUUUUAUUCUGCUUAAAAGAUUUUGCUGGGAUAAGUAAAAGAUGGGAAAAAAUAAAAUCAUUGAAACUUUGC